GUCCUGGUCCGGUGGCGGAAGGAGGGCGGCUUCGGCUUCAUCAAGCCUUCCGAUGGCAGCGACGAUCUGUUCUGCCACGUUAGCCAGCUAAGACAAGUUGAGGGCACCAUCAAAGAGGGCGACCGAGUCCGUUACACGGUGACCCAGGAUGGCUUGUCGGGGAAGCGCAUGGCGGGAAACGUCGUCCUGGACUUGACCCACGGCCGCAGCCGGAGCCGACGGAGGCGAAGAAGGUCCUCCAGUAGCAGCAGAAGUAGCAGCCGCAGUCGCAGCCGUGAUCGCAAGCGACGCAGCAAAGGAAGCAAAUCCCGAGAUGCUUCCAAGGCGAAGGAAGCAGAUAAAGAGAAGGACAAGGAAGGAAAAGAGAAGGCGAAGGAUGCAGAGAAAGAGAAAACAAAGUCCAAAGACAAAGAGAAGUCUAAGGAAAAGGAGAGGGACAAGGAAAAGGAGAAGGACAAGGAAAAGGAGAAGGACAAGGAUAAGGACAAGGCCAAAGACAAAGAUAGAGAGAAGGACAAAGACAAGGACAAAGACAAAGCGAAGGACAAGAAAGACAAGAAGAAAAAACACAAGGAUGAUGACCAAGAGAACGCUGGAGAAGAAGGGCAUCAAGAGAAAAGCAAGGCUGACAAGAAGGAGAAGUCAAAGGACAACAAGAAAAAGGACAAGGACAAGGACAAGGCAAAAGAGAAGGAUGUCGGCGAAGAGUGA